AUGCAGCCCCCCACCGGUCAACGCCGCGGCCCCGCCGCGCCUUCCUCCCGCGGCGUAUGGCGCCCCCGAUCCGCAGCCGAGGCCACCGCCCCCACCCCCGCCGCAUAUGCGCCCCCGCUCCUCCCCCUCCCCAACCACAACCCCAGCCCCGGCCCUGCCUCGGACACCCGCGCGCCCCGCCGCCGCCAGCGCCGCCCGAACCGCAACAACGGCCCCGCCCCGUCCGGGCCCGCUAACGCCCCCGCGCCGCGGCGGCAAGAGAGGUCCGGGCCCGCCAACGCGUCCGCGCCGCGGCGGCAGGAGAGGGCGAACGCCCCGGCGGCGGGGGGCGGGUCGGUGCCGCAGCUGGUGCAGGAGAUCCAGGACAAGCUGGCGCGGGGGGCGGUGGAGUGCAUGAUCUGCUACGACAUGGUGCGCCGCUCCGCCCCCGUCUGGUCCUGCGGCAGCUGCUUCUCCAUCUUCCACCUCCCCUGCAUCCGCAAGUGGGCGCGCUCCCCGGCCUCCGUCUCCGACGCCUCCGCCCCGGCCUCCGACGCCUGGCGCUGCCCCGGCUGCCAGUCCGUGCAGGACGUCCGCGCCCGCGACAUCGCCUACACCUGCUUCUGCCGCCGCCGACGCGACCCGCCCAACGACCUCUUCCUCACCCCGCACUCCUGCGGCGAGCCCUGCUCCAAGCCGCUCCACAGAGCAGACCCUGCUGCCGCCGCCAAGGGAGACGAUGAUGAUGUCUCCGCCAGGUGCCCGCACGUCUGCGUCCUGCAGUGCCACCCUGGGCCCUGCCCGCCUUGCAAGGCGUUCGCUCCGGAGCGCCCCUGUCCUUGCGGCAAGCAGUCUAUCACCCGUCGCUGCGCGGACCGGAGCACGCCUGUCACGUGUGGCCAGCGGUGCGAGAAGCUGCUGCCCUGCGGGAGGCACCGUUGCGAGAAGGUCUGCCACACCGGCCCCUGCGGUGACUGCGAGGUGAACUUCCCCGCACGGUGCUUCUGUGGCAAGAAGACAGAUACAUUGUUGUGCGGCGAGAUGGCACUGAAAGGGAAGCUGUCGGACAAGGAUGGGGUGUUCUCUUGCAGUGAGGUUUGUGGCCACAGUCUGGCAUGUGGCAAUCAUGUCUGCCAGGAUGUUUGCCACCCAGGGCCGUGCGGGGAGUGCGAGCUUGUGCCAGUGAAGGUCAUCACAUGCCAUUGUGGCAAGACGAGGCUGCAGGAGAAGAGGGCUAGCUGCUUGGACCCAAUCCCCACCUGUGACAAGGUAUGCGACAAGAGAUUGCCGUGUGGAGUGCAUAGGUGCAAGGUCACCUGCCACGAAGGAGAGUGUCCACCCUGCUUGGUGCGUGUCGAGCAGAGGUGUCGCUGUGGUUCAUCAGGCCAGAUGGUGGAGUGCUACAGGGCAUCGAAGGAAGAGUUCCGUUGCAACAAGCCUUGUGGCCGCAAGAAGAACUGUGGGAGGCACAGGUGCAGUGAGUGCUGUUGCCCGCUGUCGAAGCCAUUUGCUCAGCAUCAAGGUGACAGCAUGGAUCCCCAUUUCUGCCAGAUACCAUGUGGCAAGAAGCUCCGGUGUGGACAGCAUGGAUGCCAGCAUCUCUGCCACAGCGGUCACUGCGACCCUUGCCGUGAGACCAUUUUCCAUGAUCUCACUUGUGCCUGUGGCAGGACAUCUAUUCCGCCACCGCAGCCAUGUGGUACACCAACUCCAUCAUGCCCACACCAGUGCAUGGUCCCUCAGCCUUGCGGGCAUCCAGCUUCACAUCAAUGCCAUUUUGGGGACUGCCCACCUUGCGUUGUGCCAGUAACAAGAGAAUGUGUUGGGGGUCAUGUGAUGUUAAGGAACAUCCCUUGUGGUUCAAAGGAUAUCAGAUGCAACCAGCCAUGUGGAAAGAACCGUCAAUGUGGACUGCAUGCUUGUGCCAGGCCUUGCCAUCCUGCCCCAUGUGAUCCGCCGCCUGCAAAUGGAGAAGCUAGUUCAAGCUCUGGGGGCAAAGUUUCAUGUGGACAGUUGUGUGGUGUCCCAAGGAGGGAAUGCAAGCAUACUUGCAAUGCUCCAUGCCACCCAUCGUCACCUUGCCCAGACGUGAGAUGUGAACACCGUGUGACUAUAACUUGUUCUUGUGGCCGUAUUACUACAACUGUGCCCUGCAGUGCUGGUGGAGCCUACAAUGGUGAUAGUGCGUUCGAUAUCUCUGUCAUGCAGCAGCUGCCAAUCCCUCUCCAACCAGUGGAAUCAAAUGGGAAGAGGGUUCCUCUUGGGCAGAGAAAACUCUGUUGUGAUGAGGAGUGCGCAAAAAUGGAGAGGAAAAGGGUCCUUGCUGAAGCUUUUGACAUUACCCCACCCAAUCUUGAUGCACUGCAUUUUGGUGAGAACUCAAAUGCGUCGGAUUUGCUUUCUGAUCUUUUCCGGCGUGAGCCAAAGUGGGUGCUGGCCAUAGAGGAGAGGUGCAAGUUCCUUGUCCUUGGGAAGACAAAGGGGAAUUCUUCAAGCAACAUCAAGUUCCAUGUCUUCUGUCACAUGAUGAAGGAUAAGAGAGAUGCUAUCAGGCUCAUUGCAGAUAGGUGGAAGCUUUCUGUCCAGGCAGUUGGUUGGGAACCCAAGCGCUUUAUUACUGUCCAUGUCACACCCAAGUCUAAGGUGCCUGCUCGUGUACUGGGCUCUAAGCCCGGUGUCCCUGUCUCGGCGUCCCAUCCUUACUUUGAUCCCAUGGUGGACAUGGAUCCGAGGCUCGUCGUUGCAAUGCUGGACCUGCCAAGGGAUGCUGAUGUUAGCUCUCUAGUUUUAAGGUUUGGUGGGGAGUGUGAAUUGGUUUGGCUGAAUGACAAGAAUGCAGUUGCAGUGUUCAGCGAUCCAGCUAGAGCAGCAACAGCGCUGAGGCGGCUGGAUUAUGGGUCUGCUUACCAGGGUGCUGCAAUCUUUUGCCCAAGCAGCAUCACUCAGGCUUCCGUGUCAAGCAAUGUCUGGGUUGGAGCACAGAGAUAUGGAGGGUUGGCUGCAAAGAGCAGUGCCAAUUCAUGGAAGGCCUCUCUCUCUGAGCCCGACCCAUCUGGAGACUGGACAGUACUCAGUCAUGCUUCAGGGUCGGUGUGGAAACGUGGUGAUACGGCUGCUCAGGUCAUGGGUUCUUCAAACCGCUGGAAUGCCCUGGAGUCUGAUGCUGCAACCAGCUCUGGGCCAACCGACAAACGUAAGCCUACUCUUCGCACUGAAACAGGAUCCAGCAGUUCUGCCCCUGGCGCUGGAUCCAGCGCAGCACCAAGUGCUGGGCAAUCAGUGAGCAAGCUGCAGCCUGACGUCGAAGUUGAGGACUGGGAAGAAUCAUGUGAAUGAUGAGACCAAGGGUUUAAUGCAUGUGAGCCAAAAUUGCCCUUCGACAUGAUUCUCACCCUUACUUUUGUAUCGACAAGAUCAUCCUUCUCCCAUGCUGACCAACUCCAUGACCUUGUCUCAAGACUUUGCUUGGUUAUUUCAACUGAUCAUCUGCUUGUUGUUUUGCCAGUGCAUUGUCGCUAUAUAUAUAGGGCGCUUGCGGCUUAGUUAAAUCUUGAAUUGUUUCUAUGCUAUUCAACUACUUAAGUUAAUGCACUCAACCUAUGCCAGUCAGUUACUCUAAA